AUGGGAAACACUCAAGCAAAACAUAAUCUUUGGGUCGCAAUCAGCGCAAACGACCCAAUAGCUGUACGAGAUUUAGUCCAAAAAUUUCCGUUCCUUUUAAAUGAUCCAAUUUCAGACGAUGGGAAAUCAAAUGCACUUACAAGAGCAGCAUAUCUUAAUAGGCCUCAUAUUUUAGCAGAAUUAGUAUCCUUAGGAGUAGACCUAAACAACACUACUUCUACCAAAAUUUCAGCACUAAUGUGGGCAGCUGCCAAAGGGCAUUUAGAUUGUAUAGAAGUUUCCUAUGUUUGGCGCUGUAAGGCCGAUAAAUUCUGAUCGGAAUUUAUCGGUAGGUUGCACCAAAUCAAUGCCUUGGUCGGACCCAAAAAGCGAUUUGGUCCGACGAACUUGGAAAGCUCCUGGGAAAAUGUCUGCGCUUUUAGCGCUAUAUAGAGGAAACCUCUAUAUAUUCUUUUACCUUAAUUUAUUCCUAUCUUUAAUGCAUUUUUAAAUAACAAUUUUUUUUAGGUAUUUUUUGGAUUUAAUGGAGAUGCAGUUUUGCAUAUUUUUCUUUUGAAAUUUUUACUAGGCAAUAUAAGAAAAAAAGUUAUAUAAAAUUCCUACUAGAAUUUGGAGCUGACCCAAAUCAAGUCGACUCUCAUGGGAUGAAUGCAUUAGAUUUUGCCGUUUUAUAUGGCUGGUACAACGCUGCACAUUUUCUUUAUAAUAAAGGCUUAAGGUGUAAUAAAAACGCUGAAGAAUUCUUACAGAUAAAAGAAGAACUCCAGACGCUAUGGGUGGAUUAUCCAGGACUUUUGAUGUCGCUAGAUUGCAAAAUCCCGCCUGAAAUUGCUCCACCUUUUACAGUUCCUCCACCUAAGAAAGAGCCUGAAUUCGUUGAUCCUGUUGCAGAUCCUAACGAAACCUGGAAAGAUUGGGCUAAACGAGUUAUUGAUUUUGAAGAGCCACCAUUGGUAGAAAGGGAUUCUUUGCCUUAUGACCUGCAGCCUCAGAAUACGAAAAUAGGAAAGCUCAAAAUACUAUUAAGGAUGGAAACAGAUAAGAGGGAAGGCGAUGAAGAAGGGAUGUAUCAAGGCUCAGAAAGCAGGCUUUCCCAUGCGGAUUACGAAGAAAAAAAAGGAAUGGAAAUGGUAUAA